AAACAAUAUGAAGAGAUUGUUGAGGAAUGCUCAAAUUUUGCAAAAAUAAUCGCGAUAUUAUCACCAUGAUCCAGCCAGCAGGGCUUUAGUAGGUAAGGAUUCGAUGUGAUGUCAUUCAGGAUCUCCUUAAGAGAUUGCUCCUCCAGUGCACUUCAAAUUAUAUUAUCUCCCUGACAAUGUGGCCAAGACUGGCUAGGGCAUGGGACAUCCUCAUUACAGUGCCUAUUAGAUGGAGGGGAUCACCACUUAUGAUAAUUGGGAAUACAAGUAGAUUAUUAAUUUGAUCUAGAUAUUAUGGCCAAUGGUGGCAUAUAGGGUCCAUCUUCUGGAAUUCUUUGAUGUUAUUCUACCCCUUGUUGUUGUGGUUUGUUAUUGAGUAGAGUGAGGUAUUUGGAUGUUGCUUAAUCAAUCUUAGCAAGAGGCACUUCUGGCCAAGGAUGACAUCUUUAAGAAAUAUUUCAAUGAAGCAGGAGGAUUCUAUUAGUACACCUUCAUAGGCCCAGAAACCACUUUAAAUUAUUGAAAGCAUUCAUUGGAAAAUAUAAAAAUAUAUUAAAUAUUAC